AUGUCAUGUUUGCAACAGAUUGAAGAAACAGAUCUUGUGCCUAUACCCGAUCAACCAAACGAUGAUUUGCCUAUUUCAUCGGGUACUCUACAACAACAAAGUCAGUCGAUAAAUUCAUUACAAGAAAAGAGUAUUCAAAGUCAAGGCAAACCUCCUGCUACCCAUGACCAAAUUCUGUGUACUAGGAGUUUCGGCACUCAGACAGCAGCAGUAGAAGAUCAAACAGUUAAACAGCCUGGUGAAAAUCUUCCACCCAGGGACUUUGUCAACCAGCUCAAGAGCUACAAGGCGACCCAAAGAGACAACUUUGAAAGCCUAAAACCUCGACAUGAUGAAAGAAAAAUUUGA